AUUAAAGUGACCCAACUUAUUAGUAAUGAUUAUAGAGUAUUGAACUUUUUAUACAUUUUGACCAAAGAUUGAAAACUAAAAGUGGAAAUAAUUAAAUUUAAAAUCAAAAUAAAUGUAGCAGAAUCAAAACUAUAUAAAAAUAAAAUGCCUUUUCAAAGGAUAUGCAGGAAAAGUUUACUUGAUUGAAAGAAGAUCAGAAAAUGAUCCUCCUAAUAAGAAACACACCCCUUUAGUAAUAAAAAGGUACUAUAGAAAAGUAUGUAAUAAUUUGAAUUUUCUAAUAGCCAUCUGACCCUUAAGAUCAUACUUAAUUAAAUGAAUACAAGUUUUUGAGUACGUUAAAUCAUCCAAAUGUUGUUAAUUUUAUAGAUGCCUUUACUGAAAAAUUUGAAUACAAAAAAUACUUAUGUUUAACAAUGGAAUAUAUGGCACCACUUCAUGAAUUAUUAUUCUCCAUACAGGAUUGUUAACUCUAUAUCUUUAGAGAGCUUUGUUAAGCUUUGAAUUAUCUACACUAAUAAAAUAUACUUCACAGAGAUAUCAAACCUAGCAAUGUUUUUGUUACAAUAGAAGGAUAAGUUAAAUUAGGAGAUUUUGGAAUUUCAACUUAGAUAAGAGAUUUAAUGACACCUUAAACAUGCACUAAGAAUUAUAGAGCUCCUGAAUUAUUCUUUGGAUUAAAAGAAUAUGAUGCAUCAAUUGAUAUCUGGUCACUUGGUUGUACUUUAGUAGAAUUAUUCACAGGAAAAAUUUUAUUUGAUGGAAGAUCAGAAAUUGAAAUUAUGUCUUAAAUUGCUGAACUUUUAGGUAGUUUGAAUGUAAAAUUGCAUUUUAUAUUUAUUAGGAAUCUAAUUGGAAGGGAGUAUCAUUAUUACCUAUGUAUUUAGAAUUUGUUAAUGAUAAAUAACCUAAAUUACCAAAAGUCUUAUCUUCAUUACCUAAAUAUUUACAGCCUUUAGCUGAUAAUAUGUUAAGAAUGAAUCCAAAAGAAAGACCUAAUAUUAAUUAAGUUUUAUAAUAUUUGAAUCAAAUGAAUAUUAAAGAUUGUUCAAUACAAUUAACUAGUAUUGCUCAGAAUGCUAUGAGUGCGAGUCAUAAAAUUAAAUUUCAAUAAGUGAUAUGA